GUGGACUCUCAAUUGGUAGCACCCGAUACUAAAGUAUUUCUAGUACACUUUAAUUGUGAAUAAGCUCUAUACAAAUCGGAUUUUGAUACACAAACCAGACGACUUGGCACUCACAUAUUAGUGUUUUAAUCGUGCUCUGGAACUCCCAAGAGAUUCUGUGAAAAGUUCAACACGUAUCUACGUUCAUCGAAACUGCACUAAUCUCGACGACCUAAACAGAGUGUACGAUUCGGAAAUUAUCGUAAGUACUGACUUCAAAUCGCAAGCGGAGAUGCCAUGACAGAAGAGGCCAGAAGAUCGACAAAGGAUAAUCGAAGAUGGACGGCUACGAUGGGACGGGAGGAGGUGCUACGGCCAAAGCCUUGCAGCCUAAACCCUAAACCCGAAUUCGCAACCUGGGCUUGAAGCUCCUCGACUGCGACUCGCUUCUACAAUAUCCGACCUUCCAGUAUUUUAGGUCUUUGUGGAAAGCAUUGCUACAAUUAAGAGGAGCAGCGAAGAAUGGCGGGGACGGGGAGCAAGAAGAAGAGGAAAGACAAGCAUCGCGAGGUCGAGGAUGCGGAGGGGCAGCGGGUGGUGUUGGGGGACGCCCCUUCGAACGAGCAGGCGGACACCGAUUACCUGAUUAAGCCCCAGUCGACGACCCCGCCGUUGGACACCUCGAAGUGGCCAAUUCUGCUGAAGAAUUACGACAAGCUGAACGUGAGGACGGGGCAUUACACGCCGCUGCCGACGGGGCACACGCCGCUGAAGAGGCCGCUUCACGAUUACGUGAGGUAUGGAGUGAUCAAUCUGGACAAGCCGGCGAACCCGUCGUCGCACGAGGUGGUGGCAUGGAUUCGGCGCAUGCUGAGGGUGGACAAGACCGGGCACAGUGGGACGCUGGAUCCCAAGGUGACGGGCAGCUUGAUCGUGUGCGUGGACAGGGCGACUCGGCUGGUGAAGGCGCAGCAGGGCGCCGGAAAGGAGUACGUGUGCGUGGCGAGGCUGCACUCGGCGGUGGAGUCGGUGGCGAAGGUGGCGCAGGCAAUUGAGACGCUGACGGGCGCGCUGUUUCAGAGACCGCCUCUGAUCUCGGCGGUGAAGCGGCAGCUGCGCAUUCGGACAAUCUACGAGAGCAAGCUGCUGGAGUAUGAUGCGGAGAGGCACCUGGUGGUGUUCUGGGUGUCGUGCGAGGCGGGGACGUACAUUCGAACGCUGUGCGUGCACUUGGGGUUGCUGCUGGGAGUGGGAGGUCACAUGCAGGAGCUGCGUAGGGUUCGGUCGGGGAUUCUGGGCGAGAAAGACAACCUGGUGACGAUGCACGACGUGCUGGACGCGCAGUGGGUGUACGACAACCACAAGGACGAGAGCUACUUGAGGCGGGUGAUCAUGCCUCUGGAGGUUCUGCUGACGAGCUACAAGAGGUGCGUGGUGAAGGACAGCGCAGUGAAUGCCAUCUGCUACGGGGCGAAGCUGAUGAUUCCCGGGCUGCUGAGGUACGAGCAGGGGAUCGAGGUGGGCGAGGAGGUGGUGCUGAUGACGACGAAGGGCGAGGCGAUAGCGCUGGGCAUCGCUCAGAUGACGACGGCAGUGAUGGCGACGUGCGAUCACGGCGUGGUGGCGAAGGUGAAGAGGGUGGUGAUGGAGAGGGACACGUACCCGAGGAAGUGGGGGCUGGGUCCGCGGGCGAUGACGAAGAAGAAGAUGAUCAGCGACGGGCUGCUGGACAAGCACGGGAAACCGAACGAGAAGACGCCUGCGGAGUGGCUGCGAGUGCCUCAGUUCGACGCGGCGCCGAAGAAGGCGGCCGAGGAGGAGGGGGCCAAGGCAGCAGCGGACGGCGGCGAGGGCGCGGAGAUGGCGACCCCGGCGAAGGGGAAGAGCAAGGGCGAGGCGGACAAUGGCGGUGCGGAGGAGGUAGAGAACGGAUCGAAGAGCGAGAAGAAGCGGUCGAAGGAGGCGUCGAGCCCCGUGACACAAACGCCGGACACGGCUCCGAAGAAGAAGAAGGCGAAGAAGGGAGAGACGGCAGAGGAGACGAAUGGAGAAGCGACGACGGAGAAGAAGAAGAAGAAGAAGAAGAUGAAGUCGGGGGACGUGGAGAUGGAGGAGGCGACGGAGGUGGCAGCUAGUGUAGAGAAGAGCGAGAAGAAGAAGAAGAAAAAGAAGAAGUCGAGCGAAGAUGUGCAAUAGAGGUGGCGUAGGGACGGUGGUUAAAUUAAUUUUUUUUUCGUUUUUUUUAAAAUUAUUUUGCCCCUUCUUUUUGUUAAAUUUUCUUAUUUCCCCUUGAGUAGUGAUAGCUUUCGGUACAGGGACAAGCUGGCGUAUGAAUUUUGGUUCUAAGAACGACGAGGCAGUUUUCAGAUAGUGCCAUGGGAAUGAAAGGAGAGGCAUCACAAGAGAUGAUGUCGGAAAGGUUUUCAA